AUGGCACUGAUUAUGGAGCCCGUGAGCAAGUGGAGCCCAAGUCAAGUGGUAGACUGGAUGAAAGGCCUGGACGACUGCCUGCAGCAGUACAUCAAGACUUUUGAGAAGGAGAAAGUUGGGGGAGACCAGCUGCUGCGCAUCACCCACCAGGAGCUGGAGGAUCUGGGCGUGUCCAGGAUCGGCCACCAGGAGCUCAUACUGGAAGCUGUGGACUUACUGUGUGCGCUGGACUGCUCUGUGUACGAAACUGAAAACAARAUCCUGCAUGUGUGUAARACCCUGUCCGAAGUGUGUGACCAGAUCAUYUCCCUGUCCUCGGACCCCAUGGUGUCUCAGUCCGCACACUUGGAGGUGGUGCAGCUGGCCAACAUAAAGUCCGCUGAAGGCUUGGGUAUGUACAUCAAAUCAACAUACGACGGCUUACACGUGAUCACCGGGACGACUGAAGGAUCUCUGGCUGAUCGUUGCAAGAAGAUCCAUGCUGGAGAUGAAGUCAUUCAGGUCAAUCAUCAGACAGUGGUGGGCUGGCAGCUGAAGAACCUGGUGAACCUGCUGCGUGGGGACCCUGCAGGUGUCACCCUAACGCUGAAGAAACGCCCACAGAGCACGCUCACAUCCACUCCUGCUCUGCUCAAAAACAUGAGAUGGAAACCAUUAGCUCUGCAGAGUCCCAGCAGCAGCGUCGCUACGCCCACCAGCACAUUAAGCACUCCCUCCAGGCGAAGUAGCUGCGCCCUGCAGGAUCUGUACAUCCCGCCUCCUCCGGCGGAGCCUUACACCCCCAGAGACGAGAAGGAAAAUCUGACCGAUGAAGAUCCUCAGUCGGACGCCCAGGCCGCGGAGCGAUCCGAGUCGCCCAACUCCUACCUGGACCAGGAGUGUCAGCGGCAAUUCCCUCUGGUGGAGGAAGACUCCAUACUCUACUGCUACGAGUACGACCAGAACCAGGAGGCCUCGUCGGUCCGCAGGGGGAGCACUCCCACCUACGGCAGGCUCAGGCCCAUCUCAAUGCCCGUGGAAUACAACUGGGUGGGAGAUGACGAAGACCUGGCGAAGCUGAGGAGAGAGAGCAGGAGAGAAAACUCCCUCCUGCGUUUCCCCAGUGAGGACAAACCCUCCGGGGAGAACUUCUUGCUGGGCCGCAGUCUGAGUCAGAACAGGAGGAAAAUGGAGCGAGGAAGCAGCCCCACCCACUACACGCUUGUUCCCGCCCUGGAAGUCGCCAUGUCCACGUCCAGCUCAGACUCUGCGUCGCUUUACCACGUGUUUGAGCGCUCCUCAAUGCUGUCUAGAUCUAAGAAGAAAAAGCAAGCUGCAAGCCCCAUGUCCUCCAUCAGUAAACGAAGGAUUUCCUGCCGGGACCUGGGUCAAGGCGACUGCCAGGGCUGGCUGUGGAAGAARAAAGAUGCUAAAACCUAUUUUUCGCAGAAGUGGAAGAAAUACUGGUUUAUCCUGAAAGACACGUGUCUUUACUGGUACAUGAAUGAAGAGGAUGAGAAGGCAGAGGGCUUUGUGAGUCUCCCAGAAUUCAGGAUCGAUCGUGCCACUGAAUGCAGAAGAAAAUAUGCUUUCAAGGCUUGCCAUCCCAAGAUAAAGACCUUCUACUUUGCUGCGGAAAAUGUAGAUGACAUGUCCCGGUGGCUGAGUCGGCUCAGUAUGGCUGUUGCAGGCUACUCUGAGCAGGAGAAAAUGCGCCAGGAACAAGAUUACUGGAGCGAGAGUGACCACGAGGACAUGGAGAUGCCCCCAGUACCCAAACGGGACAGUCCACCGCCCCCGUAUGACACCUAUCCCAGAGCAGCCUCAGUAAGUCCCUACCUGGAGCCAAAGCGUAGCCACCUCUCCUCUUCGGACACAUUCCAGUCCCGUUCCUCACACGAGGAAUUCCACUCGGAACCUCAGGAAAGCAGCAGCAACAACAGCGUCUCCCCUGGGCAGAAGGCGAGCAGCCACCGAAACUCGUGGCAGGACCAGAUGGAAGGCAAAUCCAGGAUGCACUACCUGCAGACGUAUCCGGUGGAAGAGUCCAUGCAGUCUGAGGACAGGGAGCAGCUGGCCAUGGAGUACCGCAGGCAGUCCACUCUGCCUGCACAGCGCAGCCUGCUGCAGGAGCAGUACAGGGCCCUGCCGCUGCCCCUCAGGGCCAGCAUAGAUUCUGACGCCGGAGGAAAACCUCGCAGCUUUACGCUUCCAAGAGACAGCGGGCUCCAUGCCAUCCUGGCGGCCACCGCUGCAUCGGACCAGAGAGAGACCCAGAACUACCAGCUGGACCGGGCCAGAGACACAGGCCGUGGACGUGACUGUCGAAUGCAGACGGACUCACUGGUGGACCUGUACCGGGCCCUGGAGCAGACCAGUCUGUCCACCUCUGCUGACCACAGAUCAGCCGGUCGCCUCGAGUACAAACGCUCCUUUGUCCGCAGAGUUAACGACCCCCUCCUAAACGACAAGCUCCACCGCCUGCGGAUUCUUCACAGCUCACUGAAGAAUGUUCCUCUUCAAGACACAAACCGGUCGCUGGGGUUUUUAGAUUAGCCCCGCUGAGCGCCACCUCCCCCCACCCCGCCACCCGCAGCUUGGCUUCUGCUUGUGCCUCACAUUUGGAGUCAAAGGCACCAAAACACAUCUUUUACCUCCUCAUCCAUCCAUCCAUCCUUUCAUUUCUUUCUGCUGCUUCUCUCAAAAGCAGAAACAAAAACUACUGAUGUCACUUUUUGCCUCAUCUCAUCCUCAAGCAGGGCAGGGAUCCAAGCAAAGAUUGGAUUAAUAAAGCAACUGAAAGCACUUUGUGUCCAUUUCAAAGAUUCAUCGUGAAAGCUUCUAAAUAUCAUCACUUCCAUGCAUGGCAACCUCCCCCCGCUCUUCUGUUGAAUUGUUUUUAUACCUUUACGCUGGAGUCGUGUACAGCCRCUCUUCAAAAAGAAGCAUCUUUUUGRUUGUACGCCACUUUUCAUUGUGCAUGUACAUUCGAUCCAUGGGUAUGUUUGUUUUGUGACUGUACAGGGUGUUAAGCAUAUUAACAUAUGUUGUAUAUUUAAUAUUACAUUCCUACAACAGUGACCACACCACGUUUCUUUCUCUUUUUUUUGGCUACCUAUUUAAUCUGUACAUCAAGUGCUGUGCCUCAGUGAUAGUGAAUGUACAUUGUACCUUUUUAAAGAGAGAGAAGAGAGAAGAUUUAGAGAGAAAGCCAUUUCCUCAGAGCAGAGGCAUAAAAAUGUAACGCCUGGCAAUAAUGAACUAAUGUAUAUUACAAUGGAGCGAUAAGAAUAGUUGUCUAUUUUUGUAUGCAUGCUGUCUACCUGAUUGUUUGUACGGCAGUUUUGUAAUUCUAAGUGCAUUCGGUCCAGAGGAUACUGGUGUUAUCGCUCCCACCCUUCCACCCACAUCUCAUGCACACAACCAGCACAGCGUGUUUUCUGUACUUAUUAUAGACACUGGCCCAGAAAUGUGAUUUUUAUUUUUUCUUUUCUCUUAAUGUUAACCAUAAAAAAAAUUGUAUUUAGUAAGUGUUUAAUGGAGAAGCAUGCUCUGUAAGACUAAAGUACAUUACCAUGCCAUUUGAAGCUGACUCAUAUUGCACACCUGUGCCAUAUUGUAGCUACAUAUUUUUUUUUCUAUUGAUUAAAAUAUGGUACAGGCAUAAACAAG